UCAAAGUGUGAGUCCAGUCGGUGUUUUUUGAUGCAACACACAACACGAUUGUGUGAAGUUAUUUCUUUGUGUUGUAACCGUAAUUAACCUAACAAUCAACAUAUUAUUAUUAUUAAGUGAACAUGGGUAAAAAACUAAAAAUAUUCAUACUCUACGCGAGGCUGUUGUUGGAUUUCGCUAUCGACUUUUUCUUCUCGCUGUGCUGGGACAAGCGAAAGAAACCAAUCCCAGACUUAGAUAGCAAGCAUGCGAUCCUCAAAGAAAGUGCCACAGCUCUGGCUAAGAAGAUCAGGAAUAAGGAGUUGAAGUCUGAAGACCUGGUACGGGCUGUUGUUGAGAGGAUUAAAGAGGUAAAUCCAAUUAUCAACGCUAUUGCUGCAGAUCGGUAUGAAGCGGCUCUCACCGAAGCCAGGGAAGUGGAUAGGCUUGUCGCCGUUGGACUUUCUGAACAAGAAUGGCAGAAAAAACCAUUUCUUGGAGUUCCAUUUACGACUAAGGAGAGUCAAGCUAUCAAAGGUAUGCCCCUUACGAUGGGUCUGUGGUCCAGACGUAAAGAAGUCGCUUCUGAGGAUAGCGAAGCCAUAAUCAGACUGAAAAACGCUGGAGCUAUACCUAUCGGGUCUUCGAAUCUGCCCGAAUUAUUAGUUUGGCAGGAGACCCGUAACUUGGUGUAUGGAAUGACAAAUAACCCGCAUCACACCGGCCGGUCUCCGGGAGGUUCUAGCGGCGCUGAAGCAGCCCUCACCGCCAGCUACGCUACCACCAUUAGUUUAUGUUCAGAUUUGGGCGGAUCGACUCGGAUGCCGGCAUUUUACUGCGGCAUGUUCGGGCACCACCCGACACCGGGCAGCACUAACUUACGAGGUCCCUACCUCCGUAAUGGCGACGAAGAAUCAAUGUUUUCUCUGGGCUUUAUAGCUAAACACGUGGAGGAUUUAGCUCCGUUGACCAAGAUCGUUGCCGGAGACAAAGCGAAAGAACUGAAUCUUGAUAAAGACGUUGAUAUUAAGAAUAUAAAAUUUUAUUAUUUAGAGUCUAGUAACGAUGUGUGCGUGAGUUCUGUUAGGGCUGAACUCAAGGGUGCGAUGAAAAGAGCGAUAUCCAAAAUAACUCAAGAGCUGACGACAGCGGAUGCCCCACAGCCGUACCACCACGAGGGCUUCAACCACAUGUACGUACUCUGGAAGUACUGGAUGACAAAGGAACCCGACAAUACGGCACUGCUCUACACCAACAACACGACCGAGGCUAAUGGUAUUCUGGAGCUAAUUAAAAAGGUGUGUGGCCUCAGCAAGCAUUGUCUCUUCAGCGUGGUUCGUCUGAUAGAGUUGCAGUUUCUUCCUGCUGUCGACUCCGCCUGGGCUGAGAAACUCACAAAAGAAUUCAAGGAUGAUCUAUUUACUAAGCUUGGCGAAAAUGGCGUCCUUCUCAUGCCGAGCGCUCCGCACGUGGCGCCCUACCACUACUCUUGUCUGCUCCGCCCUUUCAACUUCGCCUAUUUCGCCGUAGUCAACGCACUGAAGUGUCCCGCUACUCAGGUACCCUUAGGAAAAGACAGCCAAGGAUUGCCGCUUGGGAUUCAAGUGUUGGCUGCACCAAACAAUGACGGUCUUUGCCUGACGGUAGCAAGAUAUUUAGAAAAAGAAUUCGGCGGAUCUGUGAUGGCCUGUAAAUCAAAAUAAUAAUAAUUUGAGAUGCUGGGGAAUGAUUUUACUAUUGUCUAAUUUAAGUUGUAAUAUUUUUGUUGGUGAAUGUGUUUUUGAGGAAUAAAAUUUUUUUCAAAUUAA